AUGACUGGUGAGACGCUAGACCUUCACCCGAACAAAUGGGAGUAUAACGAGAAAUUAAAAGCUAUAGACACUAGUAAUUGGACUUCUACUCCAUACAUUGCAAAUGAGUACGCCAUACAGCCUGAAAAGACACCCUUUCAGCUGGGCGAUAUCCUAUACAGUGGAAGGAGAAUAGAAGGAAUAAUACUAAAUCCAAUGAUGGUAAAGAGUGUUUUAGCACUUUAUAAUACCGACAGGACGAAAUUAUUGGCAUUUUGCCUUUGUACCGAGGAAAAGUAUCACUACUAUGCAAAUAAGAAUACUACUGUUGAUGUAACAGAAACCACGUUUACAGUAUUUUCACUCGAUAGUAAGCCUGACAUCGGUGUUACAAAGAAACUUUUAGAAAAUAUUGAUGAAAAUAAUGGCAUUGAUCCUUUAGGAUUGCUCGAUACUUGUAAGGAGAUUGCCAUAAAGCUAUUCAAGGACACUGACAUAAUUUUUGAUUUAAAUAAGCAUCCAAGUGGUGAUUUGAAGAAGAAAGAAACAUAUGUAUCUCACACUAAUGGAGCAAAUGUCGUUAUAGAUGACCCAAGGCCCUUAGGCAACAAGUUUGUAUCAGUUGAUCAUAUCACAAGCCCAUUUACCGUAUGUGGAAUAAAGUUUAAAAAAAAGAAUAUAACAGUGGAGGGAGGGUUUCCUGAUGUGAUUUUUACAGAAUUUGAUGCAUACUAUAGAAGGGAUGACAAUGACUAUGAUGAUCCACUUCUCAUUAUUUUAAAAGUGCAAUCUUCACAUCACAAUACUGGGCACAUUGUAGGAAGAUGCUUUUUGUCAAAGAAUGCUGAAUGCAAAAUAUGGAACAUUUUAAAGGUUGCUGGUUUUGAAAUUAGUGAUAGGGAUAUCGAGGAGAUACUUGAUAACAUAGUAAAGAAGACAAAGUUUGAAAUCUCAGGCUUAACUUCUGGGCUUCAAAGCAGAUUACGAGACGGCACGACAGAUCUCAUCAUAGACAUAGAAAUGAUUCCAAAAAAGGAUUCGGACACAUACAAUUACGGUGGUAACACAGUUCAUUACAGAAAAAGCGAUAUAGGUGAAGGAUGCUUUCUAGUGGAACACGCUCACAACUUUCAGACCUUUACAAUAAAGAAGAUAAGGAUAGAAGACAAAAGUCUAGAUACAACCCCUAUUCCUUCCAGCAAAGUUCUGGUUUCUUUGUUCAAUGUAUACUAUAGUUAUAAGGUAGCUACAUAUCCACUCCUGAUCUACAUCCUGUAUGGCGAAACACAAACGUGGCUUAGAAGAUUUUAUGGUGAUGUUAAGUGGGAGAUUCUUGGAAGUCAAACUCUGGCUACAAGAGAUGAUUUAACAGCUAUUAGACGCAUUCUAAAUGAUUCCUCCAUACCAAAUGUUGCAAUAGAUUUUGGAAGAACAAGAACCACAAUGUAUUAUCCUUCUGGUACUUCUCUUAAAUUCCGGAUUGAUAGAGCCAAGGUUCAAAAAUCCGGUUACUAUGGAUUUAAACACUCUAGAUUAUAUGGUCAAGCUUUUAAGAUAAAGAGUAUUGUAUGUGGAACUAAACAGCUUAAAGGAAUUAACUCUAAUGUUGAAUGGGAGAGUAUUUCAGCAUAUUAUUGGGGAAGUAAACCUCUAUAUGAGAAACUUCUCGUUGUUCAACUUGGGGAUAAAGACAAAGAUUGUUAUUCAUAUGGUGGUGACGACAAUUGGAUACAAACUGAUGGUUCUUUGAGAAAUAAUCUUCUUGGACUCAUUGAUAAUGCGAAUUGCAAUAUAAAUAAGGCUCAUGUCAUAGACCUUGGAUCUAAAAAGAUUUAUGACUGUCAGGGGUGUGGAACAGGAAUAACGGUGCAUACUAUUUACUCUAGUCUAUACAACUGUUACGAACAUACUAUUACUGGAGAUGGCUCAUCCAUAUCCAAUUUUAAGGAUGGCAACUCCUACGAUACUGGAAUACCAGAAUUUGAGAAUUUUAGCACUGUUUAUGUAUAUUGGUCUUUACAAAACUUUGAUAAACCCUUCCUCAUCCACAUCUCUGGAUAUCACGGAGAUAAGCAUAAAGAGCUCCCAUAUGAUCAAAGAUGGUACUGGAGAGUUGAAAAGGUCAGUAAUAGAUGGAUAAAACUAGGAAAAAAACAUGCGCCAAAAGUUCAUACUGAGUCUACUACCAUUUUAAAGAUUCUUAACGGAAUACAAGGGGAAAGGCGUCCCGUAAAAAUUUUAAAGCAAAAAAACGUUGAAUACACAACUCAUCAAGUUAAGGGUACAGAACAUUCUGGACACACUACUAGAGCUCAUUCUGAUAUAGGUUUAGGUUCUAGAGCUGUAAUAUCACAAGCAACUAAUGUAAGAGAUAAUACUAGAAAUGCUGAGGACGGUCAAAUAGUAGGAUCGAGAGGAAGAGACAGAAAUGGUGAUAUCAACCAGGAAAAUGCAUUUGGAAGGCACAGUGAAGAUAGAACAUCAAAAAAAACCGUUGAUAUACGGACUGAUCACGCAUCACCAAGGAAUUCUGAACCCGAAUUAGAAGAUUUAGGAAGUAGAAUUAAUGAUAUUUCUCUUGAUUCUGACAGCAGAGAAGAUUCAUUUACCAGUGAAACUUCGGAUAACACAGAUUCUGAUGAUACUCAUAUUUCUCAUAGUAUCUCUGACUGGUUUCAAGAACACGCUAUAACCAUUGGGUCUGCUGGUGCAUUUGCAGUUGCUGUUCCUGCCGUUGGGGUAACUGCCUAUUGUUGCAUAAAAAAUAGAAAGGUCUAG